AUGUCCGACAAAUCGGGCCUACCGGAGUUGCUAUUCUUAGACUUGUCGUUGGUGGAAGCUCGAUCCUUCGACGACGUUAACUGGAGCCAGCGGGCAAACGUCAAGGCGCGUAUUGUCGCAGCGUACGACGCAGUACAUGCGUGUAUACGGCUCUCUCUGAGCCAGGAGCUACUGCUGGCUGUGAGGAGGAUCCGCAGGGCAAAGGAGGGCCGAGAGGGCGUGAGCGAGGACGAGGGCGAGGACGAGGACGAGGGCGGGUAUACGAAUCGGGAGUACGAAAACCUGAUGGAUCGCAACGUGCUGCAGUGGUCACCGAAAUACCGUGCAGUUGUACUUUAA